AUGGAAGACAUGAGAGCAUUACGAAAAAAUCUAACGAGCGAGUUGAAAAACUCGUUUUCAACGAAACAACACCCAUAUGCUUCAUUAACAGAGGAUAAGCCAAAUGCAUUUGAGGUCAGAGAAGAUUUUGAUCCUGUCGUGAAAAUCGGAAAUCCACAUAAUAAAGGUCGAGUCGAACAGCCUGACCUUGAUCUUGCAGAAUACUACUAUCAAUUUCAAAAUCCAGACAGUGACAAGCACCUUGAUGAUAACAGCUCUACUGUAACUUCUCAAUCUUCUAGAGUUAUAAACGUAAAAACAAGCUGCGGCGCAGAGAAGCAGCUCAUCUUUGAUUCCAGAACGCCACCACCUAUUCCUGACCUACCGCCUGUUCCCUUUGAGCAGCGCGAGGAAGUCACACUUCAUUUCUACCCACCUGUUGACAAGGAAAAUGAUGAAGAGUUCGACAAUGUUAGGCAAAUUUGCAAGAAUUACAGCACACCACCUCCAAUCCCCAAGCGCGUCGACUCCAUCGCCAAAAACAUCGACAAAUACUUCGACCUCAAACUCGUCAAACGAGCUGACGAGGACGAAGAAAAUGCUGGAGAGCGCAUCGAAAAACAAAUUCUCAACCCUUCAGACGUCGAAUCAGACGUUUCUUUAGAAGAAGAAGCCUCUGAGCGUCAGCUAGUGCCAUUCACCGAAGAUGAGAGGUCCAUUCCAGACGUUGGUGAAUUCCAGGAGCCGGAAAUUUUGGAUGCCUUCCCCGCCCCACCAGUGAAUCUACCCAUUCUGCCCACUGAACAGGGAAAAACUGCACCACCAAAGCCCCAGAGGAAGAAGAAAUCCAAUCCUUUGGAUAAAGAGUCUCUCGGGGGAUUAAAAUUCCGCGAGUUGAUGGCUCUUGUUGGAAGCAAGUCGGAGAAAAACUCGGCGCUUAUUGCUGAAUUGAUUGUAAAAAAUGGACGAUAA